AUGACUUUUAGAGACGUACUUUUAGAAAGGUUGCAAGCUCGUGAUAAGGCAGCCAACAAUUUUCAUGAUAUCAUUGUUACAAACAAUCGGCUUUUGCAGCAAACGAUAGAGCUCGAGCAAAAGAACAAGGCCAUCGAAGCAGCUAAAAUCGAUGGUUCCAACACAGAAACUGCAGGCUCUACUCAACGAGUGGCUGAACUUGACCGCAGAAUACGAGAACUGAACGAAGAGCGUGCAGAGAUGUACAAAACGCAGAGUGAAAAUGCGCAGCGACUAGUUAAUCUCAAUGAACAGCUGAGAACAAGGGAAGAGAAAGAUUUGAAACAAACAGAAGAAAUCAAGCAAUUAUCAGACUCAGUUAAAAAACUAUCCUCCAAAUGCGAUUUGCAGACACAACAACUGCGAGAGAAAGACGUUACCAUUCAGAUUUUGCAAGAUGAAUUGGCAGCAUUGCAACUUGAGAUGGUUACUACAGAGGACAAGAUCAACAUCCUGCGAAAGGAAAACGAGCAAUUAUUGGAACGAUGGAUCAACAAGAUGAACGAAGAAGCCGAGAAGAUGAAUGAGGCGACUCAAUUCUACGAAACUGCUUUGGAACAAGCAAAACUGGAUGCGGAUCGACAAAAACUCAAGCAAGCAAAGAAACGGGAUGCAUCCUCUGUAGAUUUAUCAAAAUCGAUACCCUUUUCCAACAUUGUUCUCCCAAAGAAAGCUACUAAGCGGAUUAGUGUGCACGAUGCAGAGAUACACUGUAUAGCUGCUUCAUCCACAGGAACCAUGUUUGCUACUGGUGGGGCUGAUAAAAAGAUCAAGCUGUUCGAUGCAAAGACUGGAAACAUCACACACUCAUUGAGCGGAGCCUUACAGACGAUUACCUCUGUACAAUUCAGCUCUACAGAUGAGCUUGUCUUGGGCUCUUGUACAGACAACGCCACUAGAAUCUGGAGUCUAGCAACACAUCGACUCAAACACACAUUGACAGGUCACAUAGGCAAAGUGUAUGCAGCAAAAUUCACAAUGGAUGCAAACAGAGUGAUAUCAGGAAGCCACGAUCGUACCCUGAAAGUCUGGGAUUUACAAAAGGGAUACAAUACUCGAACCAUAUUCACGUUUUCUAGUUGUAAUGACGUGUGUUUAAUGGAUCCAGAUGGACAGACAGUAAUCAGUGGGCAUCUAGACAACAACAUCAGACUGUGGGAUGCCAGAACGGGUGUUGGGAUCAAAGAAUUGACAGGCAUACACAGCGGGCAAAUUACAUCUGUCAGCAUGUCGCCAGACGGAACAACCCUGCUCACCAAUUCAAGGGAUAACACGCUCAAGGUCAUAGAUGUACGAAUGUACGAUAUUGUGAGAUCAUUCCAGGCUGAGACCUACCGCAAUGGGCUUAAUUGGUCUCGAUCAACAUUUAGUCCUGAUGGGAAAUAUGUGGCAGCUGGUUCAGCAGAUGGUUCUCUACACAUUUGGAACGCCAAGUCGGGUAAGCUGGAGAGAGCACUUGCAGAACAUAGUUCUGUCAUUUGCGGUGUCUCUUGGAACCCCAACGGCGACUUUUUAUACACGGCGGAAAAGAACAAGGCUGUUUGCAUGUGGGAUACAUCGACAGUGGCAAAAAGCAAUAGUAAAUAG